UUCAUUCAGAUUAAAUGUUUUCCCACACUUAGGAAUGUGCUCUAUCAGCGAAAGCUAUAUAUUUAGUAUUAAGUCAGUAAUUGAUGUUGACAGCCUCAGCCACGCGGUUUGUGAAAUUGCUUAGUUAUGUAGUUUAGAAUUAAAGAAUGGAAUUGGACAGACGCGUUCCUCUUAUGAGUGUCUAGAGCACGACAAUUACGGACAGUACACUGGCGACGAGGAUAAAAAAUUGCACAAUGGCAAAGGCAUUGCAGCUACCUGCAAUAAGUCCGUUUGAUGUAAAUGGUGACCAAACCAGUGUCUCACAAAGGUGGGAUAAAUGGAAGAAAACUUUUGAGUUCUACCUAACAGCGUCCGGCAUUACAGAUAAAGCGCAAAAAAGGGCUCUGUUUCUGCAUUCAGCGGGAAGUGAAGUUCAGGAAAUAUUCGAUACCCUCGGUGACACGGGAGACGACUUGGAGGGCGCUAAAACGAAAUUGGAUGAGUAUUUUCAACCAAAACGGAACAUAGCGUUCGAGCGCCAUUUGUUCAGAAAUGCGGCACAAGGUGAAACAGAGAAAAUCGACAGUUUUGUGACUAGGCUGCGCAAGUUGGCCGUAACCUGCGAGUUUGAAAAGCCAGAUAACAAUAUUCGCGACCAAAUCGUUGAAAAGUGCAAAUCGUCAAAAUUAAGGAAAAGGCUCCUAAAGGAAAAGGAACUAACUUUGAAAAACGCGAUGGAUAUAGCCCGAGCUGGCGAAAUUGUAGACGAGCAAGCAGACAGAUUUAAGGGCAGUGAAACGUUUUCAAACUCUGAUGUUAAUACUGUCAGACCGUCGGUGAAUCACCCAAAAAGUACCGGGAGUGAGAAAAGUUCACAGAGGGAUGCCACGUGUUUUCGUUGCGGGCGCAAGGGCCACAUUGCAAGGAAUUGUACAAUCACUAAGGACAAAAAUUGUAAUAAGUGCGGAAAAAAGGGACAUUUCGCAAAAGUGUGUAAAACGAAAUCGGAUACCCCGCGUACAAAACCAGGUAGGGACCGCAGUACAAAACAUGUUCAUUUAGUACAGAGCGAAUCUUCGGAGGACGAGUUCGCGUUUGCCGUGCACGACAAGUAUACAAAUGGCAUGAUAGACAUUAAUGUGGGUGGAGCUACAGUGCAAAUGCUAAUCGACUCUGGCGCUACCUGCAACAUCGUACGCUUGGGUAUCACCACUUGUCGUUGUGCCAAAGAAAAACGGGGAAAUUCGAAUUUGUGUCGAUAUGAGACGGGCCAAUACUGCAGUUCAACGUGAACGAUACCCGAUCCCGACGGUGGACGAAAUGCUGGAAGACAUGAAUGGCAGCAAGGUGUUCUCCAAGCUUGAUUUACGUUGGGGAUACCACCGGAUAGAGCUGGACGAGGAAUCAAGGGAGAUAACUACGUUUGUGACACACGAGGGCCUCUAUCGCUAUAAGCGCCUCAUGUUUGGAAUUUCCUCAGCAUCCGAAAUCUACCAAAGGGUGAUAGGGCAAGUCAUUCAAGGAAUUGAAGGAGUCCGAAAUUUGUCUGAUGACAUAAUUGUUUACGGAACAGACGAGGUGGACCAUAACAGGAAGCUUACAAAAGUGCUUGACAGAUUGGCAGAGAAGGGACUGACUCUAAAUAGAGAAAAGUGCAAAUUCGGUCUGUCGAAAAUUGUAUUCCUCGGACACGUGAUUUCGUCAGAAGGAAUCCGGCCUGACCAAGGAAAGGUCCAAGCAGUAUCAGAGACCAGGACGCCGACGAAUAGUUCUGAAAUAAGGAGUUUUCUUGGACUAGCUAAUUACUGCGGGCGUUUCAUACCGAAUUUUUCGACGAUUGCAGCCCCACUACGCGAGCUAACAAGGAAGAGCACGCACUGGAGGUGGACGCAAAAACACCAGGAUGCGUUUGACAUGCUUAAAAAAGCCCUUGUAAGCCCUUGUAAGUGCUGAAGCACUAGCAUACUACAACCCAAAAGCCGAGACGAGGAUAAUAGUGGAUGCAAGUCCCGUAGGACUGGGAGCCAUACUAGCACAGAAACAACCAGACGGAUUGUUUAAACCAAUUGCAUAUUUAAGUCGAUCUCUAACCGAUGUAGAGCAGAGAUACUCACAGACUGAGCGCGAAGCGCUGGGUGUAGUGUUCGGUUGUGAAAAGUUCCACAUGUACAUAUACGGACUAGAGUUCGAAAUCUGGACUGAUCAUAAGCCACUGACCUACAUUUACUCUCCAAAGUCAAAACCACCAGCCAGGAUCGAGCGAUGGAUUUUGCGACUACAGCCUUAUAAGUAUAAGAUCGUCUACAUACCUGGACCAAAGAAUGCUGCUGAUGCUCUAUCGAGAUUGAGCCGAAAUCGGGUUGGCCGAAUACGCCACAUUGCAGAGGAGUACGCGUAUUUCAUCGCAGAAAAUGCUGUACCAAAAGCACUGACCAUCCAAGAAGUUCGUCAGAAAACAUCGGAGGACCCAGAACUCGCGGAGAUUAUGAGGAAGAUCAAGACGGGGGACGGCCGUCUGAGUCCAAAAUUUCGUACCGUGGAGGCGGAGCUUUCAGUCGUUGACGGAAUAGUAUUACGUGGAUCGCGCAUCAUAUUGCCCAAGUGCCUCAGGAGGCAAACAGUAUCCCUGGCCCACGAAGGACACCAGGGUAUUGUCCGGACGAAACAGAGACUAAGAGAGAAGAUAUGGUGGCCAGGUAUCGAUAUAGAAGCCGAGCGAUUUGUCAGAGCGUGUCAUCAAUGCCAACUUUUAACAAACAGCAAUAGACCCGAACCAGUUCGAACAACUGUUUUACCUGACGGGCCAUGGCAGGAUCUGGCUAUAGACCUUAUGGGACCGUUUCCCUCUAGGGAAUACCUAUUAGUCGUUAUAGACUAUUUCUCCCGAUUCCAGGAAGUAGCCAUAAUGAAGAAGAUAACUAGUGAGAGGAUCAUUUUCCAACUUGAAAAUAUGUUCGCAAGGCACGGCUUACCUUACAGCAUGCGGAGUGAUAAUGGACCACAGUUUGUGUCGGAGGAGUUUAAGGGAUACCUGGAUUUAAAUGGUAUCAAACACAUUCGGACCACACCAUACUGGCCGCAAGGGAAUGGGGAAGUAGAAAGGCAAAACCGAACAUUACUAAAAGCUAUAAAGGCGGCAAACGCGGAACGUAAAGAUUGGAGACGAGAAUUACCAAAGUUCUAACUUGUGUAUCGCACGACCCCGCAUUCUACAACUGGAAAAAGCCCUGCAGAGUUGUUGUAUAACCGGAAAAUCCAUACCAAGUUACCAGAGAUGAGUAAAAGGAUCGAUCACCAAGAGUUACGAGAAACAGAUGCGAGACAGAAAUUCAAAUUCAAAAGAAGGGCGGACGAGAGGCGUGGCGCCGUAGAGUCCAAAGUUGAAAUUGGCGACACAGUUGUACAACGUCAGCCUAAGCGCGAUAAGCUGUCAACCGAGUUCGCGCCUAAAAAGUUUGUCGUGAGGGAGAAAUGCAGGAAUGCAGUGACACUCGAAGAUGAAAAUGGAUCAUCAGUAAAGCGAAACUGCACAGCUGUAAAGAAAUUCAUAUCGAACCCCGAAAAUGAAACAGAAUCGCGUGACCCGGAAAUUAGCGCAGAAGAAUCCGGAGAUGAAUCUGAUAAAGACCGUUCUGUCACAGAUACCGGAAGACCAUCCCGGGAACACAAGCCACCUGCGUAUCUAAGAGACUAUGUGACCACUUGAGGAAAAAGGGACCUGACUUAUUAUUAUUAGACUAUAAUUUUGUUUUGAUGUUAUAAAAAUGAGUUUGUUAGCAUUUUAAAAUUUAAAUCAACAGGCUGUCAUUUCUAAAAUUUUAAAAAUUUGCUUUUGUCUAAGGUGAAGAGGGAUGUAAUGUCUAUAUCUUAAAUAGUUCAUUCAGAUUAAAUGUUUUCCCACACUUAGGAAUGUGCUCUAUCAGCGAAAGCUAUAUAUUUAGUAUUAAGUCAGUAAUUGAUGUUGACAGCCUCAGCCACGCGGUUUGUGAAAUUGCUUAGUUAUGUAGUUUAGAAUUAAAGAAUGGAAUUGGA